CGGGGUUGUCUGUAAUUCUAACGACGCAUGGGCAGUGGUUUGGAAUCCGGGAUUAUCACCCACAGCAUCGAAUCGGCGGAGCCGGUUCUUCUGUCUAGGAGUUUAAACUUUCAUCUGAAGGACAAAGUAUUCUUCGAUGCAGCUGAUCUUUCGCAUGACACUAGAUAAUGCAGCAACACAACAAAUUGGUGACGAGUACGAACCUAAAUGUCAGAGGAUAUCACCAACUGCACCGACAGUCAUGGGACAAGACAGCGAGAGGAAAGAGUUAAACAGUACGAAGAAAGCUGUCACGGACACUAACAAAGGGACAAGCAUAUUCAGAAAAUCCAAGAAACAUAGUAGAAUUGAUGAAAGACUGCAUCAACAGAACGGACAAACAACCAAUGUCCAAAAGACAACAAACUGCAAAUACGAAAGAAAAAUAAGAAUUAAUAAUAAUAAAUAUGAAGAAAUAAAUAUUGAGGUCAUUACAAGAGUACAUAGAAGUGUGACCAUAGGUUGUGGGAACAGCUCAGUGACUGGGCGAAUGAAGUUGAGUGAAGAUAUCCCCAGUGGUUCAGGGGCCAGAUGUAAAACAUUCGACCAAAGUCUAAGUCUCUCAAAUUACACAAAGUAUGAUACUAAAAUUCACAAACAGAUACUUAGCUACAAGUGUGCGUGGGCCCUCCUAAAUCUGGAGCUCAGUGUGAAAAAUGAGUUCCUUAGAGUUAAGGAAAAGCACCAGAAACCAGACACCAGUGCCGUGGCACACAAGGCAACCAAUGGGAAAGAGCUGCUGCAUACUUCAAAAGUCCAGUUGAUGACCAGCACUGUAGAAGUAGCUUUUGACCAGCAAGUAAACUAA